AUGGCUUACCCUCAGUCACAUUCUUGUCGCUAUUGCAAGCAGCUUAGCAUUACAUAUGACGGCCAAUACUGUUUCACAAAGCUCAGGCGACUUGGCUAUCAACAGGUCCAACGAGGAGCCAGACUGGGCUGCACGUUGCUGGAAAGCCUCUUGCAUCGAUUUAAAUCACAACAUCCCUCAACAUGCCAGCCAUUGAUGCUCGAGAGCGGUAUCAUGCGCGACGAUCGAGACUUCCUUGGACUCGAGUUUGAAUGGAAAUGCCGAGGAGAGUGCGGUACAGACAUUGAUUGGUUAUAUGAGCUUCAGACGGUUGAGAUCAUAAAUGAAGUUGGACCUCCGCUUCAGAUGCGUGCGGCGGAUCGGCCGUUCAAUCUGCGUCCUGCAUCUGACGAGAGCUUUGAGUGGAUCAAACGCCGACUGCGGCACUGCCGAGAGAACCACGAAAAAUGCCGAAAGAUCCUCGACUCGCGGCGGAAAUUGAAGAUGCCAUGCCGUCUAAUUGAGGUUGGCCCACCGGGAGCGUCUACCUUGUAUCUGCGAGAGGCAAAGUUACCAGGCAUGGACAAGUAUGCAAUUGCUAGUUAUGUAUGGGGCGAAAAGAAGAGCUCUGCCAUAGCUGAUUCAAAAUUGAAAAGGCGGAAUCUGCGAUCAAGAAUGAAGAAGGGCAUGCAGUUGUCGAAGAUGCCCCAGACCAUCCGAGACGUCGUUACGGUGACGCGGCAACUUGGGUACAGCUAUCUUUGGAUUGAUGCUCUCUGUAUUGUCCAAGAUGAUAAAGAUGAGAUGAAACGAGAGGUGGGAGAUAUGCCCCAAUUUUAUCAGAGAUCUGAUGUUACGAUUUCAGCGGCAAGGGCUGCACAUGGUGGUGAAGGCUUCUUGCAUCCUCGAGAUGCCGCGCAAGCCUACGGAGCUGUAUACGAGAUCCCGUAUCAACAGAGCCUUCCAGAAGGGGUCACUCGAGCAACCGUCAUCUUAUGUGAAAAUGAGCUACGCAACGGGAUCGAGCCUGGAGAUACGCGGAUAUGGACGCAUCAGGAGAAGAAGCUACCAGUGCGCAAACUGAUCUUUGGCUCGAGACAAACAAUUUGGACAUGUCCAGAGCGCUGGGACGUUCAUGGAGGAACUCGCUCACAAAAGAGCCCAGAACCCGAAUUCACGCGGCCACGUCACGACGGCUCCGAGCCAGCUCAGGUACCUUCUCCGGGAGUGGAGCUGGAUUGGACGAUGCGUGACUGGAUGGAUGAGGUGUGCGAUUAUUCAAACCUUGAGGGUGGCCGUUCUCGCGAAUUGGAUAGGCUGCAAGCUUUCGCUGAGACCAGCAAAAUGUUAUCUGCACAUGUAGUGUGGCCUACGACCCAAUAUUGCUGGGGGAUCUGGGAAAGUGAGGUUAUUCGACUGCUUCUAUGGUCUAAAGACAAUCCCCAGAUUGAAGAUCGAUGUGGACCGUCUUGGUCUUGGCUGUCAUUGCUUGGACCAGUUACAUACCCAACUUCUACUCUAUUUUGUAGGGCAGGCGACCCGAGAGAUUACAACCUCAAUGUCAUUCACUUUCCCAAAGCACAAGAUCAAGAUUUACGCCUGCGCGUAAGAGGAUCCAUCUUGGAAAUCCUUAGGGAUGGCGAUGGCAAUACGGCAAAAGACGUGCGCAAUGGAGGGCAGCUUUCGAUCAGUAUCAAAUGGGACUAUAACGUGGCAGUGCAGUCGGUUUGGCUGUUGGAGGUAAUAUCAGAGUAUCACAGAUAUAAGAGUUACGGGCUCGUCCUCAAGAACACGCAUGAUGAUGAGUUUGAGCGCUGCGGGUUCUUUGAACUGAAACUCGCCGAGUUAUAUCAAGGCAACCAACUGACGUGGAAAGAGUCUCGAGAGCAUCUUUGGAAGGAUGAAGCAGAGAUUCUUAUUGCAUAA